AGCAAGACAGGAAAUAUCAUAAGAGUCCAGAAACACAGCGCUCAGUUAAAAGGCAAGAUUGUGAUCAGAAACUGCAGAUACUUUCCAUUACACUGGACCUGCCAACACAGCCUACAUUUGUAGUUGUAAGCAUGUCCAACUCCAUGGUAGUCAUGCAGCCAAAGCCUGUUAUGAUCUCUAAUCAUUCUGAUCAGUGGGGAUCAGAAAUCUGUGACUGCUGUGAUGACAUGUCUGAAUGCUGCUUUGCUUUCUGGUGUUUCUCGUGUUACGCGUGCAUUAAUGCCAAGAAAUACGGUGAGUGCUUAUGUCUCCCCCUGCUGGACUUCUGCGGGUGCGUCCCACCCAUAACCAUAUCCAUGAGGGCGUCAAUGCGCCAGCGUUAUGGCAUUAAGGGUGAUAUGUGUAAUGACUGCCUGAUGGCCACAUUCUGCAGAGGAUGCGUUUGGUGUCAGAUGUCACGAGAGAUGAAGGCACGAGAUCUACAAAUCACUCUUAUUGGUGCCAGGAAUUUAUAAAUGAAGUUCCUAAAUAACUACCUAAUCAUACAAGCUAUAGCGAGUUAUAAAAUAGGCCUAAUAGUCGUGAGCUAUAGCUUAAACUCGCAAUUCUGAGAGGGAAAAAAAAAGAAAUUCAUUUAGCCUAUAACUCGUAACUGUGAGUUUGUGAAUCACAUUUCCGAAAAAAGAUCGAAACUUGCAAUUGCGAGGAGAAAAUUGCGAGUUUAGCUAUAGCCUAUCUCGAGUUGAAGGUUCCUCGAGCCCUAUCCACUGCAGACAGCAAGCCAAAUAAUUAGCAAACAAACGCGCGAAUAUCUUUUUAAAGUAGGCUAUUGCAUUUGCGUGUGUAGUGUAGCCAAUAUACCAGCCUACUACUACUUCUAAUAAUAAAAAGGAAAGUCUUUCAUGCAGCCUAUUUAUGAAUGUAGGGCUAUCAUUACUUGAUUUGGUCAUUUAUUGAUCUAGCCCAAGUUGUUUUUGUAUGAGGCUUAUUUUAAUAAUGAUGAUUUUAUGUAAAUCGCUGAUGUAAUUUGUUGAAAUGGAAAUGUAAUAAAUGUAGUAAUUGUCA